UUGCUCUUAAUUUUAUAGCAAUAGUGAUUGCUUGAGUUGCAAAUUGUUAUACUAUAUGGGGUUGUGAGUUUGUUUAUUAUAGAAGAAUGAAACGUGAAUAAUCAUGUAUUUCAUUGCUUUCAAAAAAUUUCGCCGUGACUAAAGUAUUUUUAUUAUGCUUCAAUACGCGAGAUAUAUGAAAACUGUCUUAAAAGUGUUCACAAGCAGUGUUCAGCGGUUUGGGAAAAGAACAUGCUCAUCUGCAAGUGGAUCAAAUGAAGCCUAUAUUUCUCAUGUAAAGGAAAUAUCAAUACCUAUGCCAUAUGGUAAAAUAGCUGCUAAAGCUUGGGGCAAUGAGAACGCUUAUCCAGUUUUGGCAUUACAUGGAUGGUUGGAUAACUGUGGAACAUUUGAUAAACUUAUACCUUUACUCAGCAAAGAGUUUUACAUUGUAGCUGUGGAUACACCUGGGCAUGGUUUAUCCUCACAAAGACCUCCAGGGUCUUUAUACACAGAUUUAGAGCUAAUUGUAGAUUUUAAAAGAGUAACUGAUUAUUUUGGAUGGAAGAAGUGCUCUUUAAUAGGUCAUAGUUUAGGUGGAUGUUUUGGGUUGAUGUUUGCAUGUAUUUUCCCUGACGUCAUUCGAAAGCUUGUGGUACUUGAUAUAGUCAAACCUACAUCAAGAGAUAUUACUUUAUUUCCUAGUGAAAUAACUAAUGGUAUUAAAAAUUACUUCAAGAAUGAGAGCAAAAUGUCCAAAGAACCACCAUUAUACACAACUGAAAGUGCAGCUGUAAGACUGAGAGAAGGCAUGGUUAAUGAAGUAACUUUAGAGAGUGCAAAAAUUUUGAAUCAGCGUGGAACUCGAAAGUAUAGAAACGGUGUAGUUUUUAACAGAGAUUUAAGAUGUCGAACUAUUGAAAAUAUAAACAGAAGAAGUCAUGAAGUUAUGCAACAGUUUAUGCGUGCUGUUCGUUGUGAAUUACUAAUGAUUAUUGCUAAUAAUACACACCCUCAUUAUAAAUCAGCAACACCAGAGGUUAUAGAUCAAUUCUUAGAUAUUUAUAGGGAAAACUGCGAGAAGUUUGUUCUUAAAUAUGUUGAUGGAAAUCAUUUUGUACAUUUAAACUAUCCAGAAAGAGUAUCGUCAGAUAUCAAUGAAUUUCUUUCUGAAAGGUCAUCAAAAUCAGACUUUAAAAAUUAAACUUUUUAAAUUCAGUUACAAUUUUAUAUAAUUAUCUGAUUUGUACUUUAAGAUAUUCAGAAAAUUAAUUAUGAUUAGUUUAAUAUGCCUCUUGUAUUAGUCAUUCACAUCAAGCAGCAUUAAAAGAUUCAAUUGAUGUUAGUGCCAAUUUAAAUUAUUCAUAAAUAAUUAUAGGUUAUCUAUACACAUUAAAAAUCUGUUGCUGAAAGUAUUUUUUUAAAUGCUGUAGCUUUGUAUGUUUGAUCUUGAAUUAACUUCGUAAAAAAAACUGUUUAUUAAAAUUUAUAAAAUA